AUGACAGAAGAAAAAGAGCUGAGAGUUAUUCACUUAGCUGGCUUAUCCAGUUCCACAUGGAACUUGGCAAAUGGAACUGAACUGGGACAGGAUAUCAGUCAUGCCUAUGGAUAUGCUCCAGGGGAGCAGGAGAAGACCCCAGAUGUCAAGUCAGUCAAAGCUUCAAUAUCCGUACAUUCCCCACAAAAAAGCACUAAAAAUCAUGCCUUGCUGGAGGCUGCGGGACCAAGUCAUGUUGCAAUCAAUGCCAUUUCUGCCAACAUGGACUCCUUUUCAAGUAGCAGGACUGCAACGCUUAAGAAACAGCCCAGCCACAUGGAGGCUGCUCACUUUGGGGACCUGGGCAGAUCUUGUCUGGACUACCAGACUCAGGAGGCCAAAUCAAGUCUUUCAAAAACCCUUGAGCAAGUCUUGCAUGACACCAUGGUCCUCCCUUACUUCAUUCAAUUCAUGGAACUUCGGAGAAUGGAGCAUUUGGUUAAGUUUUGGUUGGAAGCUGAAAGUUUUCACUCCACAACUUGGUCCCGAAUAAGAGCACACAGUCUGAACACAGUGAAGCAGAGCUCAUUGGCUGAACCUGUCUCUCCAUCUAAAAAGCCCGAAACCACAGCAGCUUUUGUAACCGAGUCUCUUAACAGGAGGUUGGAGGAUUCUGGCUCAGCCCAUCUGGAAGGAAUUGACUUGAAUAAUAGAACUAGCAACACCCAGAACCACUUGCUUUCCCAGGAGAGUGACAACGCCCAUUCUCUCCACCUAGAGACAGCCAGGACAGGAACUCAUCGGGGCUCCCUGGAAACCCAGGAGUCCUCCAGGCUCAUGGUAGCCAGUAGAAGUAGUCCAUCUUCUCCACUGAAGGAAUUAUCAGGAAAAUUAAUGAAAAGUAUAGAGCAAGAUGCAGUGAAUACUUUUACCAAAUACAUAUCUCCAGAUGCUGCUAAACCGAUACCAAUUACAGAAGCAAUGAGAAAUGACAUCAUAGCAAAGAUUUGUGGAGAAGACGGGCAGGUGGAUCCCAACUGUUUCGUUUCUGCACAGUCCAUAGUCUUCAGUGCAAUGGAGCACGAGCACUUUAGUGAGUUUCUACGAAGUCACCAUUUCUGUAAAUACCAGAUUGAAGUGCUGACCAGUGGAACUGUUUACCUGGCUGACAUUCUCUUCUGUGAGUCAGCCCUCUUUUAUUUCUCAGAGUACAUGGAGAAAGAGGACGCAGUGAAUAUCCUACAGUUCUGGUUGGCAGCAGACAACUUCCAGUCUCAGCUCGCUGCCAAAAAAGGGAUGUACGACGGACAGGAGGCACAGAAUGACGCCAUGAUCUUAUAUGACAAGUACUUCUCCCUCCAGGCCACACACCCUCUUGGAUUCUGCGAUGUUGUGCGACUGGAAAUUGAAUCCAACAUCUGCCGGGAAGGUGGGCCACUCCCUAACUGUUUCACCGCUCCGUUACGUCAGGCCUGGAUGACUAUGGAGAAGGUCUUUUUGCCUGGCUUUUUGUCCAGCAAUCUGUAUUAUAAAUACUUGAACGAUCUCAUCCACUCAGUUCGCGGAGACGAGUUCCUGGGAGGGAGUGUCUCACUGACGGCUCCAGGCUCUAUGGGUCCCCCUGAUGACUCCCACCCUGGGGCAGCCGACAGCUCCACCUCUCAGGUAGUGACCCGUGUGCCCAGCCGUUAGGGUCCUUUCCCUCAGAUCCUAGCAUCAGACCCCGUUUAUACGCUUUAGGUUGUAGAAGAAACAAGCAGAGAUAAAAUUAGCCUACUUACUAGAUACUCUAACCAAAUUCUUUCUGAUGAUUGACAAACGCGAAUUAACUUUUUGGCCAACCCAGUAGAAUGCCGUUUUUGUUUAGACACAAAGGCCUAGGUGCUAACCAUAAAAAGUAUUUUUACAUUUUUGGUUGAAGUAUAAUAAUAUGUUACAGGAAAGUCUACAUUUCAUAAUCAUGUACAGCUUGAAGAAUUUAGAUAAGCAAACCUAACCCAUGUGACCAGCAUCUAGAUCAAGAAAGAGAACACCUUACCAGGUUGUCAGACACUGUUGUCCCCUUCCUGUCACUGUCCUCCUCUUUUCUUUCCUUUUUUUCUUUUUUUUUUGUACAACCUUAUUGAGAUAUACUUCACAUACCGUACAGUUUAUCCAUUUACACUGUAUAAUUCAGUGGUUUUAUAGUUUAUUUACAGAGUUGCUUAACUCGCCACAGUCAGUUAUAGAACAUUUUUUUCACCCAAGAAAGGAGGCCUUUACCCUUUAACUCUUACCCUCCAAGUCCUCGUUCCUCCAGCCCUAGGUGGCUGCUAGCUGACUUUCUGUCUCUAUAGAUUUGCCUGUUCCAGACAUCUCAUAUAAGUGGAACCUUGUGAUAUGUUGUCCUUGUGACUGGCUUCUUUUUUCAAGGUUCAUCUGUGUUUUUAGCAUGUAUUGGAACUUUGUUCUUCUAUGGCCAAAUGACACUCCAUCAUACAGACACACCACAUUUUGUUUACUCCUCAGCUCGUGAACGUCGGGAUUAUUGCUUUUGGCUGUUAGGAGUCACGCUGCUGUACAGUUUUUGUGUGGAUGUGUAUUUUCAUUUCUCUGGUGUACAUACCUAGGAGUAGGAUGGCUGGGUCAAAUGAUGACUAACUCAGUCUUGAUUACUGUUCCUUUGUAAUAAGUUUUGAAAUCGGGAAAUGAGAGUCCUCCAACUUAGUUCUAGUUUAUAGGUUUUUGAAAGCUUUGAAAUCAGGAACUGUGUGUGUGUGUGUCCUCUGACUUUGCAUUUUUUUCAUUUGCAAGAUUGAUUUGGAUGUUCUGGUUCCUUGUAGUUUCAUGUGAAUUUCAGGAUCAGCUUUAACAUUUUGGGUCAGAAUUACAUUGAAUCUGAAGGUUCCUUUAGAAAGUGUUGCCAUCUUCACAGUAUUGAGUCUUACAGUCCAUGAACACGGAAUACCAUUCCAUUUAUUUAUGCCAUCUUUUAUUUCUUUCAGCAGUGUUUUGUAGUUUUAAGUGUACACUUUUUACACCUCCUUGAGUCAGGUUAUUCCUAAGUAGUUUAUUAUCUUUGAUGCUAUUAUAAACAGAAAUUGUUUCCUUAAUUUAUUUUUCUGAUUCUUCACCAAAUGUGUAGAAAUGUUACGGUUUUUGUGUGUUUAUCUUGUACCUUCAACUUUACUGAAUUCAUUUGUUAGCUCUAAAUAGUUGUCUGUGGAUUCUUUAGGGUUUUCUAUGUCUAAGAUCAUGUCAUCUGCAAAUAGAAAUAGUUUUCUUUCUUAUCAACUUUGGAUGUCUUUUAUUCCUUUUCUUGCCUAACUGCUCUGGCUAGAAAUUGCAGUACAGUGUUGAACAGAAGUGGUGACAGUGUGCAUCUUUGCUGUAGAGUGUUCUCUAAGUGUCUGGUCCAUUACUUUUUUAUAUAUAUAUUUUUAAUUUAACCUGUGCUUUAGUCAUUGAUGUUAAAGGUAUUCCUAUCUGUUGUUACUUUAAACAAUGCUGCAACAAAUAAUCUUGUGUAUAAGUCAUUUUGUAUAAAUCUAUUUAUGAUUGAAUUUUAGAAGUGGAGUCACUGGGUCAACCCAUGCCUCUAUUUCAUAGAGGUACCAGUUCUGACUUGCUUUCUUUGUGGGCAUGAGGAGUGGGAGGUAAAAUACUAUUCGUUUUAGCAAGUUUCCUCCAUCUUCUGUUUUGUCACAUGGCCACACUAAGAAUCAAAAGGUCAAGCUUUGUAGGUUAUUAAAACUUAAAAUUUUUUCUGUUAAGUUGAAGGAAGAACAAACUACUAUCAGUAAACAACCUAUUAUAUCAGUUGUAUAUAACCUAUUAAUGCCUAAAAAAAAUAAGCCAUGCAGAUGAGUAAAUGCUAACAAAAUGCCCCCAAUAGUUUAUAGACUUUUUCCCUCUGAUAAGGGGUCUCCUCAAAGUAAUUUUAAAAAUUAACACAAGUCCAAGUUAUCUUUACUUUCUAUCACUGCUAUAAAAUGCUUUCCAAACCUUUCAACAGUCAUUUUCUAAAUGACUCAGGUCAUAAGGGAGAUAAGGGAGGCCUCAGCCACAUUGAUCUUCAGUAUUAAAAUGCAUGUCUAUGGUGGGAAAUGACAUCUUCCUUUAUGAGAGAAAAACUAAAGUACUAUCUGGGUAUGAAUAAUUCAGCCUCUAUCAAGUUGCAAGUU